AUGCACAGCAGCAAAGCAAGUUCGGGCGCCCGCGGGCCAUGGAGCGACGGCGAGACGUCGGCCCUCGUGGACGCCUGGGGCCCGCUGCACCUCCGCCGCAGCCCAGACCCCCUCGGCGUGGAGGAGUGGCGCGUCGUGUGCACCGCCGUCAACGCCCAGCGCGCCGCCGAAGGUUGCCGCUUCAACCGCACCCUCGUCCAGUGCCAGAAGCGCCUCUACACACUCAAGGACCAGUACAUGAAGGAGCUCGCCAAGGGGCGGCCGACGUCGGGGUGGCGCCACUUUGCCCGGCUCCGGGCCUUCCUGGCCGACUCGCCUCCUGGCUUCGCCGGCAAGACGCCGGCGGCAUCCGUUAAGAAGGAGAAGGCCGCCAAGACGCGGACGGCAUCGUCCGUCAAGAAGGAGGAGGUGGAGGAGGAGAGCCCCGGCUUCCCGGCAACGAUGCCGGCGACCGUCAAGAAUGAGGAGGUGGUCGGCUGUGGUUGUGAGUUGGUUGGGAGAGCGAGGUGUUGUCCGGGGGCGGUGGUGACGAAGCUUGCGGAGGUGUAUGAACGCGUGCAGAUGAGGAGACUCAACGUCGAGGAGAAGAGGAUGGAGAAGAUCUCAUGUUGCAGCCUGGGACACAAGAAGAUGAAGAUCGAGAAUCCGGAGGAAACUGACGGCAACUAA